UACUUGCUACUGUAACGCACACCAGUGUGAAAAAAAAAAGGGGUCAAGCAAGCACACCGGGAAAAGCUUUUCGCGAUGGAGACAUCCUCAAUUUCUACGGUCGACGACCAGCCGCCACCGCAACAUCAAGUGUUCAUCAGUUUCCGUGGAGCGGAUAUGCGCCUGAAAUUCGUCAGCCAUCUCGUCAAGGACUUGAAAUGGAACAACAUCAACGUCUUCAUCGACGAAUACGAGAAGAGAGGUCAACCUAUAGACAUACUAUUAAAGAGAAUCGAGGAGUCCAAAAUCGUCUUGGUUAUCUUCUCCAGCAACUACACCAACUCGCUCUGGUGCGUCAGAGAGCUUGAGAAGAUCAAGGAUUGUACUGAUGAUGGAACACUCGUUGCGAUUCCAAUCUUCUACAAGUUGGAGCCAUCCACCGUUCGAGAUCUCAAAGGCAAGUUCGGUGAUAGUUUCCGGAGUUUGGCUAAGGGUGAUGAGAGGGAGAAGAAGUGGAUGGAAGCUUUUAACUUGAUUCCUAACAUUAUGGGCAUCACCAUUGACAAGAAAAGUGUUGAGAGUGAGAAAGUCAAUGACAUUGUGAAGGCGGUGAAGACAGCGCUGACUGAAAUUUCAUUGGAGGGAAGAGAAGGUCCAGCCGUGGAGGCUUUAGGAAGGAGCAUCGUCGGAACUUCUUCCUCAGGAUGCGAGAAAAAGCACAAGACUUUUGGGAACGAACAACGGUUAAAAGAGUUGGAAGAGAAGUUGGACAUUCAUAAAUACAAGGGAACUCGUAUCAUUGGAGUUGUUGGGAUGCCUGGAAUUGGUAAAACCACACUUCUUAAAGAGCUCUACAAGACGUGGCAGGGCAAGUUUACGAGGCAUGCGCUGAUUGAUCAAAUCCGUGUAAAGUUGAAGCAUUUGGAGUUGGGUCGGUUGCCUCAAAUGCUGUUAGGCGAGUUGUCUAAGUUGAACAAUCCUCACAUGGAAAAUUUCAAAGAUCCAUAUAGUCAACUGCAUGAACGCAAAGUUCUUGUUGUACUUGAUGAUGUUAGUAAAAAGGAACAGAUAGAUGCUCUUCGUGAGAUACUAGACUGGAUUAAGGAGGGUAAGGAAGGAAGCAGGGUUGUCAUUGCAACAAGCGAUAUGUCCUUAACAAAUGGUUUGGUUGAUGAUACUUACAUGGUUCCAAAUUUGAACCACAGAGAUAGCUUACAACUAUUUCACUAUCAUGCCUUUAAUGAUGAUCACGCCAAUCGUCGGAAGAAAGAUUUCAUGAAGCUGUCAGAAGGGUUUGUACAUUAUGCCAGAGGCCAUCCACUAGCUCUCAAAGUAUUGGGCGGAGAGCUUAAUAAGAAAAGUAUGGAUCAUUGGAAUUCAAAACUGAAGAGACUUGCACAGAGUCCCAGCCCCAAUAUUGUAAAUGUCUUCCAAGUGAGCUAUGAUGAAUUGACUUCAGAGCAGAAAGAUGCAUUUCUCGACAUAGCCUGUUUCAGAUCACAGGACAAGGAUUAUGUAGAAAGUUUACUUGCUUCAUCUGACCUUAGAUCUGCUGAAGCAAUGAGUGCAGUAAAAACUCUCACGGAUAAGUUCCUGAUUAAUACUUGUGAUGGGCGAGUGGAGAUGCAUGAUCUGUUGUAUACUUUUUCAAGGGAACUUGAUCUUAAGGCAUCUACUCAGGAUGAUAGCAGACAACGGAGGCUGUGGCUCCAUCAUGACAUAAUCAAGGGAGGCAUAAUUAAUGUACUGCAGAAUAAAAUGAAACCUGCCAAUGUUAGAGGUAUUUUCCUAGACUUGUCUGAAGUGAAAGACGCAACGAGCUUAGACCGCGACCACUUCUUAAGUAUGGGAAAUCUCCGGUAUCUCAAGUUCUACAAUUCCCAUUGUCCUCAGGAAUGUAAAACCAACAAUAAGAUCAACAUCCCUGAUAAACUUAAGCUACCGUUGAAAGAGGUUCGUUGCCUCCACUGGCUGAAAUUCCCAUUGGAGGAACUUCCAAAUGAUUUCAACCCGAUUAAUCUUGUCGACCUUAAGCUGCCCUACAGUGAGAUUGAACAACUUUGGGAGGGUGACAAGGAUACACCAUUCCUUAAGUGGGUCGAUCUCAGUCACUCAACGAAGUUGUGCAGCUUGUCAGGAUUAUCAAAGGCUGAAAAGCUUAAAAGAUUGAACCUUGAAGGUUGCACAACACUGAAAACGUUGCCACAUGAUAUGGAACGAAUGAAAAUGCUUGAUUUCCUGAAUCUGAAAGGGUGCACAAGUCUUGAAUAUCUUCCAGAGAUGAAUUUGAUUUCUCUGAAAACACUUACUCUUAGCGGCUGCUCAACUUUUAAGGAUUUUCCGUUGAUUUCAGAAAAUCUAGAAACUCUAUAUAUAGAUGGAACAGCAAUAAGUCAGCUUCCUGCGAACAUGGAGAAGCUCCAGAGACUUGUUGUAUUGAAUAUGAAAGACUGCAAAAUGCUGGAGGAAAUCCCAGGCCGCGUUUGUGAGCUGAAAGCUCUUCAAGAACUGAUACUCUCUGAUUGUUCAAAUCUCAAGAUUUUCCCAGAAAUCAACAUCAGCUCAUUGAAGAUUUUACUUUUGGACGGGACAGCCAUUGAAGUAAUGCCACAACUACCCUCACUGCAGUAUUUGUGCUUAAGCAGAAAUACUAAGAUCAGCUGCCUUCCUGCUGGGAUCAGUCAGCUUUCUCAACUUAAAUGGCUGGACCUGAAGUAUUGUACGAGUCUUACAUCAGUUCCAGAGUUUCCACCAAAUCUUCAGUGCUUAGAUGCACACUGUUGUAGUUCGCUGAAGACAGUUUCAAAGCCUUUGGCCCGUAUCAUGCCAACGGAGCAGAAUCAUUCCACAUUCAUUUUCACCAACUGUGAGAACCUAAAACAAGCUGCAAAGGAGGAAAUCACAUCGUAUGCUCAAAGGAAAUGCCAGCUGUUGUCAUAUGCUCGGAAACGUUACAAUGGGGGUCUUGUUUCAGAGUCUUUGUUCAGCACUUCCUUUCCUGGAUGUGAAGUGCCUUCUUGGUUUUGUCAUGAAACAGUUGGAUCUGAGUUAGAAGUAAAUCUCCUCCCACAUUGGCAUGACAAGAAGCUUGCCGGCAUUGCUCUGUGUGCUGUAGUCUCAUCUCUUGACCACCUAGAUCAAAUCAGCUGCUUGUCAGUGAUCUGCACCUUUAAAGUAAAAGAUGCAGACAAGUCUUGGGUCCCAUUUACUUGUCCAGUAGGAAGUUGGACCAGACAUAGAGACGAGAAAGACAAGAUUGAGUCAGACCAUGUCUUUAUUGGCUACACCAGUUGUCCACAUACUAUAAAGUGUCCUGAAGACGGUAACUCGGAGGAAUGCAAUCCUACCGAAGCCUCUCUUGAAUUUACUGUGACAGGCGGUGCAAGUGAGAACGGAAAGUUCAAGGUGUUGAAGUGUGGUUUGAGUUUGGUGUAUGCAAAUGAUAAAAACAAAAUCAGUUCUUAUGAAGCAAAGUACGAUAUGCCUGUUGGGAAGAGCUGUCAAGAAAAUUCAGAAGGCGUUGACAGAAGAGUAAAUAAAAAGAAAGCAGUGUACAGUAUGGCUGUUAUGGAGAGCUAUCAAGAAAAUUCAGAAGGGGUUUGUGGAAGAGUGAAGAGAAAGAAAAGAACGAGAAGGGACAAUGGACGGGCAAAUAAGAAGCAAAGGUCAGGAAGAGAUAAUAAUCAAACUGUGAUGAAAGUGUAACUCCAAGACGGAAAUAUCAAUUCAGUCGUCAAGCACAUGGUUGAAAAUCUCCAAGGGGAAAAUAAAUAUUUUCUAGAUGAAGCACGUCUUACAAAAAAAAACUCCAGUUCGUGAUGAAGAAAUCCAGCAUGAGUAAAGAUGUGAUUUAACUCUAAAUACUGGAAAUUUGAGAGAGGGAUACAAAUUACAAUGGUGAAGCAAAUUGUUAACUGACCCCUUUUCAUCUUCACAGUAAGCAGGAAUUCUAAUGGGAACGUUGAAGAUUAGAUUAGAGCAUAUAUAUCCUGAUGUCAGAGUCUUUGGUAACCUAUCAGCUUACAUUUUAUUUUUCUUUGGAUUCGGUGUUCGAGCCACCCUUUCAAGUUAUAUAGCACGAAGGUUAUCUCUUAUAAGGGACCUUUAUCUUCUGUUUCCUGUUUAAAACUUUCUGGUUGUUGUUUGAUUAUCUUUCAGGUAUAUGAUUCUUUUCUCUCUAAGACUCUUUUCCGGUUGAAUGAAGAAAAUCUUUUUCAAAGUCUCACUUGAUAAUCUGCAAUGGUUAACUGUCACUUUUAAGUUCUCAAGCCGUUCGCGCAUGAUGAUUUUGUCAACCCCUCCAAUUUUGUUGAUUACUGCUGUUGUCGUUUGGUGUAGCUUAACUGUCACUUUUAAGUUCUCAAGCCGUCGUGCCAGGUAAGGAUGAUACCUUUGUGCUUUUAUAUUAUGUUGGAGAGAAUUUGGGUUUGGCUUUUGUGUGUAACGGAAUGAUUCACCCUCGACACUGGAGUGAAAAAGGGCUUGAUGAAAUUGCUAUAUGUGAUAUUGUCUCGUUUCAGCAAAAUCCAAAACAGCAACCUCAUGGUGAAAUGCAAAUGUGAUUCAACAAAUUUUAUUAGGACGUCCUCUUCUAACUUCUUGAAUCAUGACUAACAUGAUGAUUCUGACGUUGCAUGGUGAAGACUUCUAUCAUGAUUCUGACACGUUAUUAUGUGAUGCAUCUCACGCAGUUCCCUGAGGAAUGUGUCAGAUAUUGUAGCCGGUAGAUCUCAGGAAAACAAAAAAAGGAAAAUGUGUGGUCUCACUUGACCUACACGAUGAUGAGCAUCACUUGGUUAAGUAUUGUGCAAAAGCUAGUUUGCUAUCCAGCGUUUAGAGGGACUUGAAGCAUCACUCCAUCGGUCUGUUUUUCUGAUUGUGGUUGCGUUGCUGCCAGAGCUCCCUUUAUUACCCACAUAUGCCUCUCAGUUUUAUCAACGACUUCAAACGAGAUCAUCAAGCAAGAAAGCUCCUACUAUCAGACUGCCUGUAUGCUAUCAAUCUUGCUUGUAAGACUUUCCCUCACAAACGUGAUUAAUUCUUUGAGAGAUAUUUAUUUUUGAUUAUUUAUGCUUUAGAAACACACAUUUUCAUAUCCUAUUGCGUUGUUUUUUUGUUUUAUUUUUUGAUAAACAGAAGGUGAUCCAGAUAUUUUAUCAUCUGUCAUCUGAUUAGUCUCUAGGAUGAGUGUAGUUGUCGAAUAGUUCACUCAUCGGAUUUUCUAGAGUACGUAAAGUACUAUAACACUAUUUCGACUAAUAAAAUAAAAGUAAUUUAGAUAA